AUGAACGAGACCUCGUCCCGUUCUCAUUCCAUUUUCACGCUCACCGUAGUCUCCAGCAAGCUGGAGGGAAGGAAGGUGGUGACCACCUCCAAGAUCAAUCUGGUGGAUCUGGCUGGCUCUGAACGCUGCUCCAAGACACUGGCCAUCGGCGACCGCUUCAAGGAGGGGGUCAAUAUCAAUAAAGGCCUGCUGGCCCUCGGCAACGUGAUCAACGCAUUGGGCUCCGGACAAACUGCCGGUUACAUACCGUACCGCCAGUCAAAGCUGACGCGCCUGCUGCAGGACUCGCUGGGCGGCAACUCCAUCACAUUGAUGAUCGCCUGCCACCUCGCGCUAUGCGGAUCGUGCGCUGCAGAUCAAAAACAAGCCGGUGGUUAA